AUGCUAAAUGAAGAGCAAUUUGAAAAAGCUCGUAUAUAUGGAAUUGAUAAAACAAACCUCAAAAUAGCUAAGGAAUUUUACAGUAUGACACUAACAUCAAUAAUUCUUUAUAAGAGAUGGAUAUCUGUUGCAUGGGAAAAGUCAGAAGGCAUUGCUGAGAUUUUCAAUAUCAGUCCCAAACAAGAAAUACUAAUAAGUUGUACCUUUAUGACAUUUGUAACAUUAUUUAACUUCGUUACUAAUAUGCCAUUUUCAAUCUAUGGUACUUUUGUUCUUGAACAGAAACAUGGUUUCAACAAGCAAACUGUUGGCUUUUUCAUAAAAGACCAAUUGAAAUCUUUAGUACUCAGUCUUGUUAUCACAUUACCUGUGGUUUCAAUGGCAAUAUACAUUAUAAUGCUGGGUGGUAAGAUGUUUGUAGUUUGGCUAUGGCUAUUUACCACUGUGACUACUUUGUUACUGCUAAUGCUUUACCCUUCAGUAAUAGCACCACUGUUUGAUAAAUUUGUUCCUCUAUCUGAUGGUUCUCUGAGAACCGCUAUAGAGAAUCUAGCAUCAAAACUUAAAUUCCCUCUUACUCAGAUAUACAUUGUGGAAGGGUCCAAAAGAUCGGCUCAUAGUAAUGCGUAUUUCAGUGGUCUGUUUGGUGCUAAAAGAAUUGUUUUAUUUGAUACUUUACUAGAAAAAGUAGAUGAAGAUAAAAAAGUUACAACGGGCUGCACAGAAAGUGAAAUUUUGGGUGUUUUAGCACAUGAACUUGGUCACUGGAGUUGUAGUCACAUUUAUAAAUCUAUAGCUCUAACUGAAGUUAACCUACUCCUCCUAUUUACAGCAUUUGGGGCUCUUUUUAGAUAUUCUAUGUUAUAUAUGGCUUUAGGCUUCCCUCAAGGACAGGAACCAAUUAUUAUCGGACUGAUUGUUGUGUUACAACUUAUUCUCGCACCAUACAAUUCACUUCUAUCAUUCUUUGCUACAGCUUUAUCUAGGAAAUUUGAGUUUGAAGCUGAUAACUUUGCAGUUUCCCUUAAUUAUUCCAAAGAACUGAGAUCUGCUCUCAUUAAGUUAGGAAAAGAUAAUUUAGAUUUCCCCAUCUACGACAAACUGUACUCAGCCUGGUACCAUUCACAUCCGACUUUGUUGCACAGAAUUGAAAAUAUUCAGAAUUUAAUCAAAGAGCAAAAGAAAGAAUCGUGA